ACAAUUCGUAUGCUGGAGACAAAAAGUGUACACAAAAGUUGUACCCUAAGCAAAGUUUUACCGUGCUCGUAGUACAAUACAUCCGGUUGUACUUUGCACUGACUCCCCAUUUAUUUAUACUGUACGACGUAUCCUUGUCAUUUUCUCAGUCUUCGCCCACCAUCCAUAUAUUGAAACCUCGAUUCUCCGAUAUCGCCCCUGCUCCGAGUCGUCGUUGUGGUAAUAAUCUGCGGGGAUCCGGCCGCCUCCUUCCCUUUCAUGUGCCUUAUGUAUACUCCGUAUUAUAUAUUAUCAUCAAAUUUGUAAUCCCCUUUUUACUUCUUCAAUUCAUUUAUUUGAAGGAAAGAUUGACUUGAAACCAUGGCUGUGAAAAAGAGCGUGGGAUCCCUAAAGGAGGCAGAUCUGAAGGGAAAGAGAGUUUUCGUCCGGGUGGAUCUCAACGUUCCGUUGGACGACAACUUGAAAAUCACCGAUGACACCAGAGUCCGCGCCGCCGUCCCCACCAUCAAUUAUCUCAGGGAGCAUGGCGCCCGUGUCAUCCUUUCUUCCCAUCUCGGUCGUCCAAAAGGGGUCACACCAAAGUACAGCUUGAAGCCUCUUGUACCUAGGCUUUCUGAACUUCUUGGUAUUGAGGUGAAGAUGGCAAAUGAUUGUAUUGGUGAGGAAGUGGAGAAAUUGGUUGCUCAAAUCCCAGAAGGGGGUGUUUUGCUUCUCGAAAAUGUGAGAUUCUACAAAGAGGAAGAGAAGAACGAUCCUGAAUUCGCAAAGAAGCUUGCCUCCCUUGCAGAUUUGUAUGUUAAUGACGCAUUUGGAACUGCACAUAGAGCUCAUGCCUCCACAGAGGGAGUCGCCAAAUUCUUGAAACCAGCCGUAGCUGGAUUCCUUAUGCAGAGGAGCUUGACUAUUUAGUUGGAGUUGUCACUAGUCCAAAGAAGCCCUUUGCUGCAAUUGUUGGUGGGUCAAAAGUUUCCUCUAAAAUUGCUGUGAUCGAGUCACUGUUGGAAAAGGUUGACUUGCUAUUGUUGGGUGGAGGGAUGAUUUUUACCUUCUACAAGGCUCAAGGAUACAAAGUUGGGUCCUCGCUGGUGGAGGAGGACAAGCUUGAACUAGCUACAGCCCUCUUUGAGAAAGCCAAGACUAAGGGUGUGUCAUUGUUGCUUCCUACUGAUGUUGUGGUUGCUGACAAGUUUUCUGCUGAUGCUAACAGCAAGGUGGUUAGCGCUUCUGAAAUACCAGAUGCGUGGAUGGGGUUAGAUAUUGGACCUGACACAAUCAAGUCAUUCGGCAAAGCUUUGGAUUCCACCCAAACAGUAAUAUGGAAUGGGCCUAUGGGUGUGUUUGAGUUUGACAAGUUUGCUGCUGGAACUGAGGCCAUAGCAAAGAAAUUGGCGGAACUGAGUACAAAGGGCGUGACAACAAUCAUAGGAGGUGGCGACUCUGUUGCAGCAGUGGAGAAGGUUGGGCUUGCAGAAAAGAUGAGCCAUAUUUCAACUGGAGGUGGUGCCAGCCUGGAGCUACUCGAGGGAAAGAUGCUCCCUGGUGUUCUUGCCCUCGAUGAUGCUUAAGCAACAUCACCAAAUCUUUUCUUUAUAUCUAUUUGUUUUUUUUGUCGUUUUUUUCUCUCUGAAGAGUUUAUGUGUGGGUGUUUGUUGCCUGGGGUGGUAGUGCUACUAAUAUCAGAGCAAUGUGUCGGAUUAGGGUCAAGGAGGGAGCGACAGAGCUCUCAGUAAAGAUGCUUCAUUGUUUUUUGUUUUGAAUAAGUUUGUUCCUGUUGGGGGCAUCCUUUUUUGCCGAGAUGAAAACUCUCAGACUCGCACACAUACUGCUGCCUGCUAAUUUCACAAGUUGUAGCUUUCUUGCACCUCUCUUACUUUGAAAUUCACAAAUACUACAUAUUGUGUUAUAGAACUAUAGAAGGGAGGAAAACUAACAGAGAUUUACAAAUAAGUUGUUGCUCAGAGCAUCUCCAAAUCUCCAAUGUAUGGCCGUCUAAUCUAGGAAAAUCAUGCCAACUCAUCAAAUUAG